CACCCUGGCCUUCUCUAUAUAAACCCAAUGAUCCCCCAACCCUCUUCAUCAAUACAAUAUCCUUCAAAAUUUGAAGACUCCCAAUAUACUCAACACCAAAUACAAGAAAUGAAGAGUGCUGUCUUCUCCAUGGUCUUUGUCCUCUCCCUUCUCUACUGCUUUGCUCAUUUCAGCAAUGCAGCCAUCCCAUGUGGCACAGUCGACAUGAAGGCAGCUGCCUGUAUCUCGUUCGCCACUGGGAAGGCUGCAAAGCCGUCUGCUGCAUGCUGCAGUGGCCUGCAACAGCUCGCACAGAGCGUGAAAUCUGUCAAUGACAAGAAGGUCAUUUGCCGGUGCCUCAAGGCCGGCGUCAAGAACUUUGCCGGAGUUCAGGAAAAGUUCUUGAGCCAGAUCCCCAAUGCUUGCAAGAUCAAAGUUGGUUUCCCUGUUUCCAUGCACACCAACUGUGAAACGAUCCACUGAGGUGCACGCUUCGGAGAUGAUCGAAGAUUGCGGUGAUGUUGAGAAUGCAAUAGCUGUUGAAUAAGACGCACUGUUUUGUGCAAAUCUUCACUGUUAUAUUGUACACUAUGGACUUAACUUCCUAUUUAGAAUCAAGCGAAAUUUCAUCUAUUGCACAUGCUACAGUAUUUCAUUA